UCCCAUUGACAUAGACACUGUCAGGCUGAUAACCAGUGAGACUCACCUCACUGAGUAGACAAUGUUUUUAAUUUUAGUGUUUAGUAAUUAGCUGUUAGUUGUUGUUAUGUAGUAAGUAGUUAAAUUAGCAAACUUUUGUUAUGUGCUCAGCUUUCUUGUUAAUGUUGCAGUUUAUUUACUACUACUACUACUACUACUACUGAGAGACAUAGUGUAUUUUAAUAAAAGUACUACGUACAUAUACUAUGAAUAAAAUAUACAUACACUAAUGUGUCCACAAACUUUACUACUACUACUACUACUACUACCACUACCACUACCACUACCACUACCACUACCACAAGAGAACGCCAUCACAGUGUCUCCAUUGGAAACAAAAAGAAGAAAAUCUGAGAUCAAGGCCAAGACACAAGCUUUCCACAAUGAGACCUUGGAGAAGUUGCAAACAAAUGCAUCACCGCAAAUAAAAGGGAGCUUGGAAGUCCUAUCCGAAAAGGGAGUAUCGAGCUGGCUUACCGUGCAGCCUAUUGAAGAGCAUGGUUUCCAUCUUGCCAAGAACGAUUUUCGUGAUGCUCUGUGCUUAAGAUAUGGCUGGCCUUUAUCAGAUUUGCCCUCGAAAUGUGAAUGCGGCCUCAGUUUUAACGUCGACCAUGUCAUGAUAUGCCAGAAAGGCGGCUUUCCCACGCUAAGGCACAACGAGAUCCGGAACAUCACAGCUGAUCUUCUAAGGGAGGUUUCUACAGAUGUUACAAUCGAACCUGUACUUCGUCCCUUGGAUGGAGAACAGUUUGCGCAUCGCACUGCCAUCACAGAUGAUAACGCUAGGGUCGACAUUUCUGCUAGAGGAGUGUGGAGGCAUGGAGAACGGGCAUUUUUUGAUGUGAGGGUUUUCUACCCAAACGCUGCUUCCAACCGCAAACACUCUUCACUCAAAUCCGCCUAUGUGAGUCACAAGAAUGAGAAGAAACGCGCUUACGGUGAGAGAAUUCGGGAAGUUGAGCAUGGGUCUUUCACUCCAUUAGUGUUUACGUCAUACGGAAGCACAGGCCCAGAGGCAACAACCUUCUAUAAGCGAGUGAUUGAGUUUUGCCCUACUUCGCUCGAGUAUACUGUGUAUCCGUGGAACAAGAUCCUCUACGUAUAG